CAAUGGUAGAGGAGUCUAGUUUUCAACCCAUCAUUACAUUGUAUGAUGCUAUUACUGACUCACCUGUGUUUCGCUCGAGUCUUUCUCAUUACGAUCAACAACUCGAUCAGUUGGAGCACUGGCUUGACUCCUUUUCUCGUCAGUUGAGAGUCUAUACAGACAAAUUGAACAAAUUAAAUGUAGAGACAAUGACUUUAUGUCAAAAGGCGAUCCCUGAGGGAAUCGAUGACACUUUGAUAGAUCCAAAUUUCUCGGGUGCUGUCAUGAAAGGCUUUGCUGAUGCAUUACAGACAAGUUUAUCAUUCAAGACAAAACUAGUACUUCAUCUUGAAGAAAGUUUGAUUUCACCUCUACAACAGUUUGUCAAGACGCAUUUAAAAGAUUUCAAGGGAUUUAGAAAGCAAUAUGAAAAAGUACUCGAGAAAUACGACACUCAGUUAGCAAAAUACAGUUCAAUCAACAAAACCAAAGAUCCUUCUUCUAUACGAGAAGCAGCCUUUCGAUUACAUGAAGCGAGAAAGGAAUAUGUUCGCAUGUCAGGACAACAUGUGUUACGUAUCCUCAACUUUCGUUCUAUGCUUGAGCGUCUCUUGAUUGAACGUUUUUCAAGAGCGACCAUGGCUCAGAAACGCUUUUAUGAUGAAAUUCAAGUAUGGACUAAUUUAGACGCUGCUUUAUCUUACUGGAAGCAAUGGCUUGUUGACGACAAACUCACUUGCUCUUAUCAACUCUACGAACAACAAUUGGCUCGUAAACGACUUGAAGAUGAGUUUAUUCAGCUCACCAUACCAGAUCGUGAUAUUGAGAAAUAUGUACCUAUGACUACUGAAAAAAAGGGUGAUCGUCUCACUUAUUCUACAUGGGGAUACUUAUUUAUCAAGACCUCUCGUCAUUCAUGGACUCGUAAAUGGUUUUAUGUUCAUGGCGGCUAUUUUGGAUCAUGUCAGGCAGACAAGAAAACAAUUAUCAGUGAAAUACGUGUUCGCUUGACGGACUGCAAGGUCCAGGCUAGUGUAGACCUUGACAGAAGAUUCUGUUUUGAAGUCAAGGCAACCAACCAACCUUCUUUUAUCUUGCAGGCAGAGACAGAAGAAAGCAUGCAGCGUUGGAUUCAAGUGUUUCAUCAAAAUAAGCAAUCCAUAGAACAAACACCCUCAGUUCAACAACAUCAUGUUCAAGAUGUCACUUUGUUACAGGACGCAUCGAUGGCUAUGGUGUCUACCACACCUGACAUCAAAGCUACUUUAGCAAACUCGUCCUCAUUGACACCCUUGUUGGUCUGGGAGGCUGCUCGAGGUGGCUCUUGUUCUAUUCAGCAGUUGCCUUCAGGUUCUUGGGGUAUUCCUUGGUCACUUGUGCCUACAAUGGUUAAUCUGACAGAAGAUAAUAUUGUAGAGAAACAAGUAAAUCUGCCUCAAGUGGUUUGGCCCGCAAAAACAGCUUCUGUCGAGGUACCUCAUGUUGAUAUGAAUGGCUAUACAGACAAAAUGAACGGAUUAAACAGGGAGCUACGCCAUCUAUUUAGUGGUGUAGGAACAGACGAAGUUGUGUUGGAUGUAUUUGUAUGCUGCUUAAGGAAGAAACCCAAAACUUUGAGACGAGACCAUAUCAAAGACAUUCAGCAAUCAAAAUCAACACUCAAUUCACCUUCAGCCGAUUUAUAUGAAAAUGAGCUGGUACAUCAAUUAGUUCAAUUAGACAACUUGAGUCCUCUUUCAAGUUAUGGUUAUGCCUACACAGGGCGUGGGUUUAUCACUCAGGAUACAUUUUGGUUCUAUAGCUGUAUCUUAAUGACUUGUAUCAACUCUGUUGCUAUUCGACUCAAAGACAUUGAAGAGAUCAAGGUCAUUAAAGACCCAUCUAUUCAUAGACCUAUGCAUGAUACAACCAUUGCUAUGAAGACGGACAUGGUGAUCUCUGUCAGUUUAGUAUCCAAUGCACAAUGUGGCAUGAAAGAACCUUUGAUAUUUGGGUUCUUGAUGGACGAUAUUGAAGUGAUUGCAUCCAAUCUUACCUUAGCCGUUGAAAACGCAAAGAGCAACAAGCCUUUACCAAUCAAAGAUCUUUUUAGUAAGAUGCAACAGCUGUCACUCCACUUGGCUUCACACAAGAGUAUUGUACUCAAUGUCCCAGUAACAUUCAGCAGUGCUAUUUCGCAAAUCAAAGAAAACCAUUUGACAAGAACACAUGCAGCUACUGUAGGUCCUGAAUCUCAGGUGAAUGCAUCCGAAAUCCUAAAAAGCGCACGUCAACGUGGAGACUCUGAGCCAUUACCUCAAGUCAUACCACCAGAGAUGUCAAUAGAAUUACCCAAGCCUGAUCCUGAUAUGCCGCCUGCUGAUAUCCAGUGCCCUGAGGGACCUGUACAGUGCAAUUGUGAAGAUCAUUUAGAUAGACAGGAUGUACAACUCAAUUUACCUAUUUCAGCUAAACGAUGUUUUGAACUCUUGUUUUCUGAUGAACAGACUGCGCCUCCCACAAAUGGUGGUGUUUGGGAAAGCAAAACAGCAGCUAUUGAAGGACAUGAUCUUUCUGUUACACCUUGGUCAAAGACAAAUGGUGAAUUGCAACGUGUGUUAAAGUAUUGGAUGCCUGUAUCAAACCCUAUUGUACGCAUGAAAGAAGCUGAAGUAGUAGAAACUCAAGUACUUAUCAACAAAGAAGAUUACAUUCGUUAUACCGUUCAGAUUUCUACCAAGACAGCAGCUCUUCCCUAUGCAGAUGCAUUCAUUCCUUCUGUUCGUUACUGUAUCACUUGGGUCAACAAAUCUGAGUGUCAGCUUACAUGUUAUUUAGGUGUGCAUUGGGUCAAAAGUGUUCUUGUUCGAGCUAUUGUAACAAGGGCAGCACUAAAAGGCAUGUCUGACAGUGUUCAGGUGUUUAUGCCUAUCUUAGAAGAAGCUUCUGAAAAGAUCAAAGCAGCUGUUGAUCAAGAGCAUCAACAAGGUCUUGAACAUAACAACAGUCUUUUUGCCAACCAACAUGAAGCUGGUAACAAGCCAAGUAUGAGUUCCUUAACAGAAGAAAAGAUAGCCCCUGAACCCGUAUCUACGCCUCAGCCCAAUAGGAUCAAAUCUAUUCCUUCAAUCACACAUUUAAAUCCAACAGAAAAAACGACACCUUCACCUUCUGUCUCGCUUGUAGCAGCGAACACAGCUAAACAAGCUAGUUUGCAAAAACCAAUAUCAUCCAAAGAGAUUCAACAUGAAAAGCCUACACAAACAACAUUAAAGACAACACAUAGGUUUUCAUCUUGUCACUGGCCUGUAAAAGACAUGUGUCUUUUUAGUGUUCUUUUGAUACUCUCUUUAUUUACCUUGUACUCUUAUUCGCAAUCAAGUACCAUCGUGAAACAAAUCUCUCGGGAUAAAUUCGGGUGUCCUCUACUGCCCGUUGCUCUCUCCAAAUCACGUUCCGUUUACCUUCGUGAUAUUCACAAUGGCCUACUUUCAAACAACAUGCAACCUCCUUACGCUCAAACAAGAAGCUUCCAAGUAUUCAUGGAUCUCAAAUCCAAUAUUUCUUUUGAUGAAGAUUAUAUCACAAGUCGCUACUGGCAUGAUCUAGACCAUUAUCGACUUGCUGUGGAUCUGUACAGUAGUCGAGAGAAAUUAGGUGUUUUACGACACGAUAUAUUGCUUUUAUUUCAAGCGCUCAAUCGUGUCGAUGCUCAGCUGAUUGAAAGAGAAUAUAUCAAUUGGUUACUGGAUAUUCGGUUGAAAUGUCAACGUCUGCCCUUAUUGAAUGAGGCGAAUCGACACCAAAAAGCACAGAUAUUGUGCUUGGAUGCAAAAGAACAAUUGCUGGUGCAUUUUAAAUAA